CGGCUGAAUUGUGAUUCGAUCCACAUGUGUUUUUCGUACCAAAACGUUUUCCGCAUUUCUGUGCAAGAAAUUAAUUAAAUUAGCUUCAACUAAAGUCAAUUAGUUCCUCGCAAUAUUCAUCAACCUGAAACAUCUGAAAAACUUCUAAAUCGACAACGAUUUUUCUUUCCGAGUGGAAUAGAAUUAUGGAAUCUCAACCGGAAAGAAGUGUGCAGGAGAUCGCCCUUUGUAAUCCGAUUAUUUUGACGAAAAUCUUGUCACAGUCCUCCGCCCCGUUAAAAAGUUGUCGACUGGUUUCCCAUUUCUGGAACGACACGGUCCUCUCCCUCCCGAACACAAGACUCGCCUUAAAACUGAACCAAAACCAAGAUGAUGAACGAGACCCUGUUUCAUUUCUCGAACUCUGUUACAAAUUAGACGACCGGCUCGCGAAACGGAUUUACGCCGCGACAUCACACCUCAACGAGGUAACGUUCUACUUCGCCACCAAAUUGAUCCAUCUCUGCGACAAAUUUAGUGAUCAGGUCCAAGUUUUGGAGAUUUCCAUCUAUUACGAAGCUUCUUUACAAUCAGUUUUCCUCGUUUUAAAAAAUUCCUGUCCCAAUUUGAAACAAUUACGAGUCCGGUGCAGCUUCUCGGAAUAUGAUGUCCCUUCUGGAGAAACGCUCGAAGGGCCGAUGCUGUCAUUGCCAAGUUUGACAGUGUUCGAGCUUAAUUCGUCCGUCGUGGCGCCGUCCCCUAUUCUGACCUGUUUUGCUAAGCUGGUCGUCAACGCGUCGCCAAACUUGAAAAAGGUCACCCUUCCUUGGGGAAUCUAUCCGGAUUUGGAAACUUCAAAAUUCCUGGAUUCCUUAACCCUUGAAUUGGACGACGUUCGCCCUCUAGACGACGUGCUGACACAGCUUAAACCGUCCGAACUGACACGUAUGCUGAAUCAAAUCGGUGACCAACUCGUCCACCUGUCUUUUUCCUAUUGCAACAUAAGUAAUGAAUGGGAAAGCAUGCAAGAGGACAACGAUCUGGAUACCUCGACGCCAUCCGGAUUCCGUUUGAAGAAAAAGAUGUCGAAACUGCGAAGAUUCGAAAAUGACAUGGUCGACAUUAUUCAACAUUACGAUCUUUGGCGAGAUAUCGAAAGAAUGCAGGCUCUAGAAUCGCUCAGAAUUGGAAAAAUAUCCAAAAAGUCGACAAGUGUGAAUGCAGUUUUGAAAAAUCUGUCAGAAACGGAGCGGAUUUUUACAAAAGUUACGGAUUUGAAGAUUCACGAGUUGUACGAUCCCGAUCUUCUGGAAGGAUUGAAGACAGCGUUUCCGAACUUGGAGAGCUUGGCGUUGGACACGUUCCACGAGGAGGAGGAGGACGAGGAAAAGGCUCGGAUGGAGUUGGACGUGGUGCUCGAGACGUGUGCGGGUUUCGACAAGUUGACCCAUUUGCAUUUGUGGCUUCCGACGUAUCCCGAACAAACGUGGGAGGUCCUUACGGCUCUCUUCAACGCCGUAGGCCUGGAUACUUUAGUGAUCAAUACGCACAGUCAGAAUCAUACAAGACACGAUUUGACGGACGGUGAUGGUUAUAUGCUGGAUCUAUUUAAAACGCUAAUCGUUGCGAUGAGUUAUAUGGACAAGGUCGUCAUUAAUGAUCUUUAUAUUGAUGCUGAAUCUGUGCCAAUUUUGUUGGAUGUUAUGGCGUCAAACGAAAUGCCUGUGUCGAAGUUUAACUUGUUUCAAGGCAAAUGGAAGAAUGACGAUGCUGAUAUUGAUUUCGAUUAGACAAGAAGGCUAGACGACGUACGGGGCUAGAUGAAUUUGUAAAUGUUUUCAUAUCUAAGUAUCUAAAAAAAUGCUACUUCCAACCAUAAGUUUGUGAAUUAGACAAUUGUAAACUAUUAAUUUCUUCAAAAGUUGAUGAAUAAAUAUUCAACAAAUAUUCCAUAUAUGUACAUAUGUAUAAAUAUUCUAUUUCUAUUUUAAUAUUCAGAUAGGGAAAUUCAUGUACGGCGCUGGUCGUUUAGCUUUUUCGAAAUAAAUGUAUGUAAAAUGAUUUCAUUGAAAGAAUAAUAAUAAAAUUCUAUUUCUGAUUAUUAUUAUUUUUAAGAGCAAUCCCGUUGGAAUUAAAUAUUUAGGUUUUAAAAUUGAAAAAUGGAUGUAUGUAAUUUCGAAAUUGGUUAUUUUAUUUAAGAAUUUUUCAUUAGUCAAUAUAUUGAACGACAGUCGAUAAUUCAUGAAUACUUGAUUCCCACGUGGGUGUAGUGUACACUAAAAAAUAUGGUAUAUUUACAAUAGACCCAUAAGUAUUGAUUUCUCGGUAGUGCUAUGUAAUAAACCUGUUACCGCUCGGUAAUAAAAUUUUCUGCAGAUAUGGUAAAACCUAUAA